AUGAGCAACACGGAGUCACCGUACGCGGCUUUCAGCAAACUAGGGCAGUGCCUGGGCACCCAAGGUGGCGGCAUAAAGCUCCUGCUCAGCAAGGCCUUGGCGCUGGAAUCGGUAAAAGGCAAGAUACGCUCUGAUGAAGUUAAGUCGGCGGUAAAUGAGUUGUUGAACGUUGUGCGUGCCCUGGAAGUUAAUAACAAGAACGUUGUCACAUCGUACAACGAAACCAAAAGAGUAUUUAAAAAGGAGGAAGAGAACAGGGUUAAUGUCCAGGCUAUGAAAAGUACCGUAGAUAUGGAGACUCAGUCCCCGUGCUGGUGGGACGCUGAACAUCCGGCAGAACGGUUUCAAAAACGGCCGUCGCCCGCGGACGACCCGGUGAUGGCACCUGAUCCUGCUGGCCCAACAUGGACGGAGAUAGUUAAGAGGAGGACGUCGAAGAAGAGAAACUCCCCACCGCAAGGAGAGCAAGGCAAUGGAGCGCUAGGGGUCGGGGACACGGCGACCGCCAAACCGCGAGUUCGCGCACGCCCCUCGGCAAUCAUUGUAGAUGUUAAAUCGGAAGACUUUCCGGCGUUAGCUAGGAAGAUUCGUGGUGGCGUCGAUCAAGGAGUUAUUGGUGACAGUAUUAUUGGUAUGAGGCAGGCAAAAGCAGGAGGCCUACUCAUUGAAGUCAGAGGCGACCAAGCGCGGUUCGAUGCAGUACGAGCUGAGAUCUCCCGCUCCGCGGGCUCAGAAGUAGAGGUGCGUGCGCUCCAGCAGAGAGCUAUGGUUGAGGUCAGGGACCUCGAUCAGUGGUCAACGGUGGAAGAGGUUGCCGCGGCUACUGCUGCCGCCACUGGCAUUCUAUCUGAACAACUCAAAGUUUUCAGUCUUCGGAAAAGAUUUGGGGGCUCCCAGUCAGCGCUGGUAUUGCUGCCGAUUGGCUUCGCACGCGUAUUACUUAAUUCCGGGCGGCUCCGUGUCGGUAUGGUUAGCUGCCGAGUUAGGCUUGCGGAACAAAAGCUCAGGUAUUAG